UUUUUUGUUAAGUUGCAAUUUAAAUCAACUUUAUGUACUCAAAGAUGCCACCAACUUCCGAAUCAGCAACUGCUGGUAACAGCCUACGUAGUCGAGAGCGUGACAAAACGCAUAUGGUCCAGCAGAGCAACAAAUGUUAUGAACAUCGUGAGCUGCAGGCAACGGCAAUGUCUGUCGACUAUACGGGGCAAUGGGUUUUGUUGGCGGGGCGACGCCACUUAGCCCUGCAACGACUCGGACACGAUGAUGGUACACUACGAGAAUUUCAAAGGAAUUCAAAAUAUGAAGUGUCGGCAGCGGAAUUCGCUACGCUACCAAAUCGGCAGGAGUAUUGUGCUAUAGCGACAAGUGAACACAUUGACGUCGUAACAUGGGGUGCAGCAGACAUGCAGCACUACCAUUCGUUGCGCGGCCACACACGUAUCGUUACCGAUAUCGAUUGGCAUAGUAAGAAUAGUAAUCUGCUGGUGAGCUGUUCAAUUGACACAUUUUCACACAUUUGGGAUUUACGGGAUCCACGCAAGCCAACUUUAUCAUUGAAUGCAGUAUGCAUGUCCGGAGCAACACAAGUGGGAUUUAACCGCGUAUCAGGUAAUUUAUUGGCAGCCGCACAUGAUGGUGAUUUACGUAUUUGGGAUAUGCGCAAAGGUUCAUGCCCAGUACAUUAUAUAACCGCACAUUUAAAUAGAGUACAUGGCAUUAACUGGAGUCAUUUGCGUGAAACAUGUCUGGCUACCGCGAGUCAAGAUGGCACAGUAAAAUAUUUCGAUGUGAAUAAUCCGCGGCGCGCAGAAAAAAUAAUUACAAUGACCUCACCCGUGUGGCGAGCGCGUUAUACGCCCAUUGGCAAUGGAUUGGUUAGCAUAGUGGUGCCUGCAAUGGGACGCGGUGAGAAUAGUUUGCUAUUGUGGAGCAAUAGUAAACAAACAGAUCCGGUUUGCUCAUUUGUGGGACACACUGAUGUUAUACUUGAUUUUGAAUGGCGACCAAAUCGAGAAAACACUUCCGAGAUUGAGGUAGUUACUUGGUCACGUGAUCGUAGUUUGCGUGUAUGGAAGAUCGAUGACACGAUGCUCAAACUCUGCGAGCCCGAUUUCGAUGGCGAUGAAGUAUGCGACACGCCGGAUUCUUUUGCAGAAACGACUACUAAAUUUCAGCCAACACACUCGUCGUCUUUAUAUCAGCCCACUUUAAGUUUGACACGCGCUGGCGCCGCAUCGCUGCCCACAGAAACAUCUGAUAGCCUAACAAUACCCACUAUAUCGCGUUCGCCUCCCCCGCCAAUGCGUAAGGAAGAAACACAUAUAGCUCGUUCGCUUACUGAUCAGCCAACUUGUUCGCUGCAUCAUGAGUUCUCGCUACUUAAUAGGAAUAUGCCGCAUGUAGAGGUGGACAUAUUGGAUGCUAUUAAACGUUAUGCGGUCUUUAAGAUCUCAGCGGGCGGUCAUGUGGUGGUAUUGCAGACCAUCUUCCCAACUGAGUAUCCCAGUCCCAAUAUCGGGCCGGAAUUCACUUUUUGCGAUGGCACUACACUUCACGAACAACUAUCUACAAUUUUGCUCAAGACACUUAAAACGAACGCUUUACAACGCGUUAAAAAAUCGCGCACAUGUUUGGAACAAUGCCUACGUGCCUUAGUGGGCGCCAUGAAGAAGUCGGUUGGUAGCGUUACAGAUAAAUCUCAACUGCGUUUACAAUCACCGCGGCUAGAAGGCGCCUUAAGCGGUGCUUUACACGAUGCCUGUAUUCCCUAUCCGCGCACUUCAGGCGUUAAAUUCAAUGCUACCGGCCUGUUGGUCGCUUUUGCGCAGGCGCCGCAUUCGAAACGCUUAACACUGCGUCAUCAAAAUUCAACACCACGCACAUUUUCGGCGAUUAGUGGUGGUGUGCUGCUCGGUAAUGUACUCUAUACACAUCGCGAUUCAAAUGCAUCCUUCUAUUUGCAAGAUCGCAUGAGCGUCAAACACUCGAAAAGUCGUUCAAUGCAAAAACAAACUAAUGCAACACCGAUUGUACAUAUUUAUGAAGCCUGCAAAUUGUUGAAUAUCAAUUAUGAAAUGGCAAAGGAAUUUUCGUUGGACAAGCGAGAUUUGCGUGCAACUUGUCGUCGCAAUCGGCAGGUAUGCGAAACAUACGGCCGUUAUGAUUUGGUGCCGAUUUGGACGCUGGCUGAGCUGAUUGCCACACCAAAUAUACCAAAUGAAACGAAAUAUGAGACGCUUUUUUAUAAAGAUCCAUUUAAGAAAUUCCUGCUUGAGGCAUUAAUAAUGCACUUUGCUGGUGCGGGUGAUUUGCAGACGGCUGUAAUGUUGGCAUGUCUCUUUCACAAAUGCCCUUCAAUGUCAGGAGAUUUUGGUGAAUUCAUGACACCGACUAGUCCCCAUGGAUUCCAACAUAACAAACUGCAGCAACUCUCGCACAACACGUCACCUUAUCAUACCGUUUUGCCAAUCGAUUAUCAUGCUUCACAUCCGAAAUGCAGUACAGCACUGGCUGUCAAUGUGCAUUUGAAGCAGUUGCGUAGCAACUCUUGGUCGGAUUCGCUAGACUGGGUGGACUCGAAGCAUUGCAACUCGGAUUCAUAUUCCUGUUCGCUAAUCAGGCGUACCAAAAUGCCACUAUUCGAUCACUUCAAGAAGGUGUAUGCGGACAUAUUGUUCGGUUGGCAGUUGCUGACCAAACGUGCGCUGAUUUUAAAACAUACAAUGUUUUCGCAAACGCAGCCGCAUGGUGUGGAAUUUGUUACCGAGUGCCCUGGCUGCAAUAAAAUAAAGCGUACGCCCUCGUGCACUAGCUGCCAGCGACCAGUUCUUUUAUGCCAGCUCUGUAACCUGCCAGUGAAAGGCGAAGCCAAUGCGUGUCUGGCUUGUGGACAUGGUGGUCAUAUGGCCCAUAUGAUGCAGUGGUUUAAGAAACAUAACAUUUGUGCAUCCGGCUGUGGAUGUCACUGCUUGAAACAAACAGCAGCACUGUUGGAGCUCAUGAAUUAAUUAAGUUUAUCUUAUUUAUUACAACAAUGCCCUUUAUUAUAAGCAAAAAGUUUUUAAAUGACAUUAGUAUUUGGUUCAGAUACGUUCAAUGGCUUCAAAAGGACAGCGCGACAAGUCAAAAGCGGACUAUUUCAUAUCUAAACCCGUUUAUGACUUGCAAAAAUUUAUGUUUUCUUAGGUUUGCGUAAGUUUAGUAUAUCAGUUUUUAUAAAAAUAAAAUUAUAUU